AUGCCUAAAUUUGCUGAAGAAGCGAACCCUCACCGCCAGCCUGUGAUGGCUUGGAAGUUUAUGGCAGUGAAGUUGGGUGUGAUAGACUACUGUGCAGAGUCAACCAACGGGCCGACGGGGGUGGAUCAUCCGCAGUUCUGCGUGGAACAGCAGCAGCAAUUGCAGGAGGGGGGGCCGCAAAAGAUAGGUACGUUUGUGAAUUUCUCCAACGAUUGGAGCAUCCAGCGGACCGGUCCCAACGCUCCCAUUGGAGUCUCCUCGGCCUUUGAGCAGCUCCUGCGUCAGCUGGCGCAGCAACACGUGAACGAACUCUCCGACAUGAGGACGAGGACACAGACUGCCGCGACCGGACAUGCUGGCAGCCUCGAGGUUCGCGAGGAUUUCGUGUGUUUUGCGCCGAGUGAUGAGACGGCCGACAUGGAGAAAUUGGGGACUCCAUUGAUGACUCCAAGUACUCGCCCGGCGUCCUCGGCAGUGAUGCAGUGGCAAAAAGCCAGGGAACAGCAACGUCGAAGUGGGCGAAGAGCGAACGCUGAUUCGAGUUUGGAGGGCAAGACAGGUCGGGCUGACGAGAGCGGUUUGGGCUUUGGCAACUUUGCGUUGGGACUCGACUGUGAAAGGUCGUCCUCCGAGAUGCCGAUGCGGUCUGUACGGUCUCAAUCCAAGAGCAGUUCCAGGUCCAGGAAAGAUGGAGGCAAUUCGCCCAGCCUUGUGCAUCACAUCAUGCAGAGCAAGAAUCAGCAGCGUGAAACCAUCCGUGCUGAUAGUCUCUUAAGUCUCUGGGAAUCCCGGGAUGACACCGGUUCCGUUCUUCCUCGGUGCCUCCGGUGCCGCAAGUGGCUCCAGUCCAAGUUCUUCGAGAUCGCCAUGGUGAGCAUUCUCCUUGCGAAUGUGCUCUGGAUUGCCAUGCGCUUGCAAGUCAUCGGAAUGGCAAUGGAGCUUGGGUCUCCGUCGAGCUCAUGGACAGUGACAUUUCUGGUUGGUGAUUUGGUCUUCGCCGCCAUCUUCGCUCUCGAGUUCUUCAUCCGGUGCUACGUGUCGGGCUGGAGAUUUUGGCGAUCUUGGGUCAGUUAUUUAGAUCUGUUCGUUGGCAUCUCUUGCGUACUUGAGUUCCUGGUCAUCUUGACAGCCCGUGAUGAUGCUUUUGACUUUGCAAUGCUGCGCUUGUUUCGGCUCAUUAAGAUUGUGAAGUCCAUGCGAAUGUUCAACAUCAACAGCAUUCUGGCGCCUCUGCACUUGCUCACCAAGUGCCUGGAGGCAUGUGUGGGCAUGCUCUUUUGGAGCUUCCUAUUGAUGAGCUUCGUGCAGUGCAGCUAG